UUUGUAGGAGAUAGAGUUACUUGAAUAUGGGCUGGAAAACAACAUCCUUGUUGGUUCUAGUGGUUGUUGCUGUGUCCUCACAGUAUGAUCUAGAGAAAAGGAGCACUUUUGGAGGUGUGCCGAUAGAAAUGGAGGCAGUGGAAAGAUGCCACCAGAGCAGGAGAAAUGGCUUAAAAAAGUGCGAUGAGUAUUCAAACCUGUCCCUAAGAGCAAUCAGAGAAGCAAGAGAAGUAAGAGAAACAAGACGCCAAAAGAGACAAGUACCUCAGGAUGAAACAGGUGGAGAUAGUGAAAAACCAAAACCUGAUUGCAAUUUGUAUAAAGAUACAGAUUGGUAUGCUAUCUGCACAGAAUGUGAAGCUGGAACUAAAACUGGAGAGGAAUGCAAAACUCUUCCAAAGCCUGAGGAUCUAAUCGAUUUCCCUGAAAUUGACAAGACAAAGUGUUUAGAUAUCGAGUGGGGCACUGGUCGUGAGCACACUGCAGAUGAUAACUUUGGCAACUGCAUCGAAACGAAAACUGAUGAUACCCACAGAUACAUAACCUCAAACAAUGUCCCUGAUUUCUAUGUAAAUUCUUACUGUCCUAUCGGCCUUGGAAAGGGUUAUUGUGUUCAACAGGAAAUUGAUGCUGGAACUUGCUACUUCACAGGCCUAACCUGCGGAGCAAAGGACAAUGGAGCAGGAACUAACGAUUAUGGUGAUGUCUGGGUCCCACAAGAAGACAGUUACAAGAUAAAACUUGAGGGAGACCCGACACUAGCUGAUAGGCCAGGUGACAUGUAUGAUGCAACUAAAGUAGGUGGUGCAAAAACAAAUGGAGCAGCUCAAGGUGUAGCAAUCAAUGGUAUUGCAAUUCAAGGACCCAAUGAUGCAGGGGAUGUCAGCAUUGAUGAGGCUGGCUUUCAAUUGCCUUGUGGUGGUCAUGUCACACCCCCAAUGGGAAAUAGUGAAACAACAGGUAAGGUUCCUGCAGGGCCCCCCAAAUACCACUUCCACAAAUCACCUGAGUGCUUGUCACCUUUCACAGAUGCUUCCAAAGGUCUAGCUGCAGGUGGAGAACCCCUUAAGCAUGGUAAGUUGAUGGGAUGGGCUAUGGAUGGAUUUGGAAUCUAUACCUACCAAGAUGUAGCAGGAGUAGCUCCAGUGGUAGAUGAAUGUGGCGGACAUUUUGGCCCCACAGACACCGGUGAGGUCAAAUAUCAUUACCACAGCAGAGCAAUCGUUCCAUAUCACAUGGCAUGUCAAGGACCAGCAUUAGGGCAGUGUGACGGAACACAGAGUGGUACAAACUACUGCCACCCUGGAUGUGGAGCCCAAGUUUGUGUACAACCAGGAACAAGUGAAACGAAGCUGAAGGAAUAUAUUGGCAAGUUCAACGAUACAUGGCUUGAAAAGUAUACUACCAACCCCUACAAUGGAGACUCUGCUUUGCACUUGGAAGCUAUGACAGUGAUUUUAGCUAUUACUCUGAAUUUAGUUGUGUAAUCGAAUUUAAAAGACGUUAACAUGAAAUAAAAAGUGGUCCUGUUUUUAAUU